AUGGUGAAAGCUUCGCAUGCGCAUGGAGACAGCAGCAGUACGAUGCAAGCCAUGCGGUCGGCGAUAAAAGCGGCAGCCACAUAUAGUGUGGACUCUCAUGCAGGCAAAGGCGCCACUCACAACGACGGCGCAACCCAACCACAACCCAUUCGCGUCACACCAGCGUCCGGUGUGGGCUUCAACACAAACCUGCGUGACAUGCUCUUGUAUGUGAAUAAGAACGAAGUGAUCUACGCGAUUGGGAAGUACGUCGCCCUGCAGAACAUCCACAGCCAGAAAACGUCGUUCUUUGAACCGCCGGCGUCGAAAGACUCCGACUCGGCGUCCAUUCGCCUUGGCGACAUUUGUGCCUUGGCGAUCACGGCAAAACGAAGCUACGUGGCCGUUGCACGCAGCGCCCACUCGAGUCUACGGCGCACUGAGAGCACUAUCUCGAUGUAUUGCCUCAAAACUGCCAAGGAGGACACUGCAGGUGACCCGACGCGAUGGUCCCGCCUUACGCCCAUUCGCACGCUCACGUACGCCACGCACAGCUUCACAUCGGUCGCAUUUUCCCACGACAGCAAGUACAUUGUUGCGCAAUCCACCACGUCCGAGUGGGUGUUUGCAUUGUGGGAUUGGACCCGCGCUCGCCAAGUGGCUCUCACUGAGGCUCACUCGAAAGUGACGCGCAUUUGCUUCAAUCCGAUUGACGUGGCCCAAAUAUCAACGUCGGGCGGCGUCCACUUGCGGUUGUGGCGCCUCACGGAGCCGACGUGCCGCCCCUUUGCGACGUUCAAUUCAGCCAACUCUGCCGUUCGAUAUGUCGACCACACGUGGGUUGGGGCGACAGACGGAAUCGUGGCCGUCCUCGACAACGGCGACGUCCAGUACUUUCGCAAUGGCGAGCUUGUACGCACGAUACCAUCGCUGCACCACGGACACAUUUUGCAAUGCGUGCAGUCUUUCAGGACCAGGUGUGUUGUCGUAGGGGGCGACUGCGGUUGGUUGUCGGUGCUCGAAGUCGACUCUUUCAACGGCGCAGACAUUCACUUGGUCAAACGCAUGCGGCUCGAUUCCAAAGAGGCGGUGCUGGGUUUGUCGAUGGAUGCGGCUGGUGCGGGCUUCAUGUGUGCUACACCAAGCUACUACGGCGCGUACGACCUCUCCAACUUGUGUCUUCUUCGCGAAGACGACGAGUUUGUCUCGUUAAUGACGUUCACACCCCUUCCUCGCCUUGGUUCGGUCACGACCAUGGCAACGUCCAGUCGAAAGCACGUGGUGGCGGUCACAGGAAAGCGCGCGACGGGCGCCACACUGGCUUGCAUCUAUGGUCAGAGCGACACCCGGGGCGUCCUGCACCAUGCGUUUGUGCAUGUCGUCCCCAAUUGCAUGGAUUUUCACCCGUCUGGAUUUGAAAUGGUGAUCAGCUUCAGCGCCCAAAUCCACAUUUACCACGUUCUCUACGAUUCCCUCCGUCUUGCAUUCGAAGUCGACAUCAAACACGCAACAACUGUCGCGUACAGCUGCGGCGGCAACUACUUCGUCGCGCUCGUCGAUGACAAAAGCGUCUACGUCUAUCGGAACUUUGGUGGUCUCGAGCCAGCUCUCGUCGCGGUCUGCGCUGGUCGUGAGGCCAACGUGGUGUGCCUUCGAUGGGGCCUCGACGACGGUCGGUUCUACACGUCGGACGACUGCGGUGCGCUCUUGGAAUGGGGGUUGGGCGCGGAUGGAUCCUUUUCUGCCACUCAAGCGACGUCGUCCGGCCAGAAAUCAUGUCUGUUUGACCGUGCAACUGUGUUUUCUGCUCUCGCCUUGUCGCGAAACCCCGUCACGAGUUGUCCCAUCAUUGCAGCCAGCUGCGUUUCGGAUACGGACGUGUCGGUCGUCGUCGUGUGGCGCGACGGCUGCCUGAACUCGACACCACUCGAAUCAAUGGAAAUUCAAGCGAGGAUCACUGUCCUCGAGUUCGGUCCGGCCUGCGUCGUGUGCGCCGGCACGGCCAACGGCAGCGUCGUUGUGUUUUCGUGGUAUGGAUUGGAAUCGACGGGAGGACCGAGCACGUUAUCCGCCUCACCAAUCUGGUUUGAUCUGAGCAUGGCGUCGAUAUUAUCGGUGCGAAGCUGCAUGAACGAGCGUGUGCUCUUGGUUGCGAGCGUGGAUGGCACGAUGAUGUCAUGCCAUGUCGACGUCCAUGCGCCAAGUCCGCGAUUUUUGGCGGGUCCAGAAACGCUACCAGGUCACACCAAGACAUUGCACAUGCUUCAAGCCGCCCCAGAGACGCAGUUUUCGACGGCACUGGUCACGGACGAGCUGUGCUUGGUCGAUCGAGCGAGCGUGGUUGAGCGAAGCCUUCGCAUUACGGAUUUAGAGACCGAGAAGGAGCAGCUCAAGAUGGAAAAGGACAUCACGGCCAAGCUGAAUGCGGACCAAAUGAACUUGCUCGACCGGGAGCGGCAGACCGAACUGCGACUGGCGAAAUCGUCGUGGGAAACCAAAAUGAAAGCGCUGGAGACGGACAUGCACACCAAGGCACACGACGCGCACACGGCGAUGCUCGAGAUGAAGUGUGAGCACGACAAGAGUCUGCAAACGAUGCAAAGCAUCUUUGCGACCAAGCUGAGUGCCAUGACUGACGUGUGUCAGCAACUGGAACGGCAAGUUGUCACGGAGAGGCAGCGCGUGGACGACAUUCGAUUCGGUGGGGAAGAGAAGGUAAUGGUGUUGACAAAGGAAUGGGACGCCAAGUUGGCCGCCACCGUGGCGACCUAUGAAGCGAAACUCGCGACGCUAGCUCAGCAACUGGAAGCGAAACAGAAUGCGUUCGACGAGCUCCUGUCGCAGCAAAAUGACGACUCACUCAUUCACUUAAGCGCCAUGCAGGCUGCCGUCGAUCAAGGCAAAGCGGCCCAAGCCCAACACCAAGAAGAGACCAAGUCGACGAUUUCGAGCUUGCAGCAGCAGUUGCGCAUGAUGCUGAACGCAUUGGCAACGAAAGACGAGCGCAUCAAGCAAGCCACGCUAGAAGCAAAUCGGUUGCAUUUGGUGGUGGACGCCCUCAACAAUGAGCUCUCUGUCGAGCGCAAGACCACGGCAAAAGCAGUCGCGGAUGGUGCCGCGCUCGAGGCCCGCGUCGCCGAUCAAGCGCGGCAAAUCCAAGGGCUCGAAGAGAUGAACAACGCAAGAUUGUGCAAACUGAAAACGAUGCAAGCUACGAUAUCGAACAAGGAGCUCGACAUCCAACACAUGCGUACGUUUGUGGAAGAGCUGCAUGCGGAGAACAGCGCGGUCGUAGAAGACGCCAACGAAAUGGACGAGGCGCACGGGCAGAUGAAGCGCAAAGUGUCAUUCUUUGAGCGGUCCGUAGCUGACUUGAAGCGCCAGGUCGCGGAGGCAAAAGCAGUGACGACUGCUUUCUGUCGCGAUCUCGGCAUCUUGAUUGAACGCGAACAGGAAGGCACGCGAGUCACCAUCGACGACAUCGUCAAGAUGUACCACAAGUACGACGUUCGCAGUGGGAGCCAACGCAAUCGGGUCGUGCAGAGGGAAAUGGCAUCCGACGAGGUUAUCAUCCAAGAGUUGACGCGGCAAAACAAGUGCGGGGAAGACCAGCAGCGAAAGCUACGCACGCGCCUUGAUGCAAUGACCCAUGAAAGGCAAAAGCUUGUGUCCGUCUUCUCAACCGACAACACAAAGCUCCUGCAAGAACUCAAUGCAAUGGCGAAACGAAACCACGAGCUGCAACUUCGAAAUGGCGUUCUCGAGGCCGAAGCCAAGCGACAUCGCUCGGGACGGGGGACCAUGAAGGCAUCCCAGAGCACACCAGAGCUCGAAACGCCCCCCGAAAAUAACACCGACAGCUCAAACCAAGCCGACUCGGCAACAACCAUCGUGGUGACCACUGACCACGAACCACGCAUAUACAUCCCUUGUGGUGUCAAUGUGGGAGCGGUCCCUCGAGCCAGCAAAGACCUGACCCCGCUCAAGCACCUCCAACGACCGCAGAGUGGCAUACCAAAAGUUCCCAAACGCCAAACCAGUUCGCCAUCCCAACCUCCAAAGAAAUCCAAGCCCCGGCCGCAGUCAGCUCACCCGACCAAGUCAUAG